CUUCGUCCUCCCCCUUCGACCUCACAUUUCCUUCGUAUAGUAAAACACAAAAACAGUUUAAUCCGUUAACCCAGAAAUGAACGCUUUUCCUUCCCCAUCAUCUUCAUCUUCUUCUAACUUCAAUCUCUUCACUCAGCCCAAGCACAACAACUACUACCACGUCAAGUUCGGCAUCAAAAUUCCAGUUUUGCCCUCUCCGCCAUGUUGCUCUCUCAGAGACUCUUCCUCAUCCACCACUACUGUCCUGGACAAAAAUGCCAUUUCCUCCCAACAGAGUCCCAGUUCCAAUGUAGUUUUGCCGAAAGACGCCAACUAUGAGGGAGGGCUCGUGGUUCGCCGGCCGGUGAUGGAGGUUUCCGGCGAUGAGGAGGAGGACGGAGGGAAGGACGCGACCGAUGACGAUGAAGCGAAUGGUUCUGCUUCUGCGAUCGAUGCCGGACUCACGAAGUUCGCGAAGAAGAUGCCCAUGUUUGAGCCCGAAAGGGUGGAAUCGAAUCCCAAAGAGAAGCCGCUAACUGUGAACUUGGACUUGGCACUGUACAGGGCCAAGGUCUUGGCUAGAAAAUUUCUCUAUGAAGAAGCAGAAGCUAUACUUCAGAAGUGUAUAUACUGUUGGCCGGAAGAUGGUCGAGCUUAUGUGGCACUUGGGAAAAUUUUGAGCAAGCAAUCAAAGACAGGUAAAGCGAGAGAGGUGUACGAGAAGGGUUGCCAGGCUACUCAGGGUGAAAAUGCUUACAUUUGGCAGUGUUGGGCUGUUCUAGAAAAUAAAAUGGGAAAUAUGAGGAGGGCAAGAGAGUUAUUCGACGCUGCCACGGUUGCUGAUAAGAAGCAUGUUGCUGCUUGGCACGGAUGGGCAGUUCUAGAGUUAAAGCAGGGAAAUAUAAAGAAGGCAAGGAGUUUGUUAGUGAAAGGUCUUAAAUAUUGUGGAGAGAAUGAGUAUAUUUACCAAACACUGGCAUUGCUUGAAGUUAAAGCAAAUCGGUAUCAGCAAGCUCGAUAUUUAUUCAGUCAGGCCACGAAAUGUAAUCCUAACAGCUGCGCUAGUUGGCUUGCUUGGGCACAAAUGGAGGUGGAACAGGAAAACUACCGUGCUGCUAGGAAAUUGUUUGAGAAAGCAGUACAGGCAAGUCCUAAAAAUAGGUUUGCUUGGCAUGUGUGGGGCAUCUUUGAAUCUAAAAUGGGCAACAUUGACAAGGGAAGAAAACUUCUAAAGAUAGGCCAUGCUCUAAAUCCGAGGGAUCCUGUUCUCCUUCAGUCUCUUGCAUUGUUAGAAUACAAGCACUCAACGGCAAACCUUGCUCGGGUCUUGUUCAGGAGAGCAUCUGAAUUGGAUCCAAGGCAUCAACCUGUUUGGUUUGCUUGGGGUUGGAUGGAGUGGAAGGAAGGAAACUUGAAUAAAGCUAGAGAGUUAUAUCAAAAGUCCUUAUCAAUUGAUUCAAACAGUGAGAGUGCUGCUAGGUGUCUUCAGGCGUGGGGUGUUCUAGAACAGAGGGCUGGUAAUCUUUCAGCUGCCCGAAGAUUAUUUAGAUCAUCAUUGAAUAUAAACUCUCAGAGUUAUGUGACAUGGAUGACUUGGGCAUCACUGGAGGAAGAUCAAGGAAAUUCUGUUCGUGCUGAAGAGAUUCGUAACCUCUAUUUCCAGCAGCGCACGGAAGUUGUAGAUGAUGCUUCAUGGGUUAUGGGAUUCUUAGAUAUUAUAGACCCGGCCGUUGACCGUCUGAAGAGACUCCUCAAGCUGGACCCGAAUUCUUCCAACAUGAUGCCGGAUUCUUUCAAAAGUAUCGCCGGAAUAAAUAAAAACAAGGUUGAUUUAGCCGGCACAAGUUCUAAUGUCGAUGAUGGUGAAGAAGAUGAAAGUGGUUUUGAUUUGGAUGCUUUCAUUAUGGAAAGGUUGUCCUUAGAUACAUCCAAGCUGGAAGUUCAGUUAGAACCAUCAACUGUGAAGACAAGUAAAUCUCCAAGGAGUAUAUGGAGAUCAAACAAUAGAAUUGUCAAAGUGUAAGUGCACAGCAUAGGGCUCAUGUAGUUUAGGAUUUGGCCUUGUGUCCUAUACAAAUUGGUGUCUUCAAAAAAUUUGCUUUGAAUAUAGUAUGGCACAGCAGGAGAUACGUCCUGUCAUAUGUUGAAUGCAUAUAUUACAAGAAUACUUUUGAAGAAAACAAAAAAGAAAUGGAGAAAAAAAUUAUACUCAUGAUUCAUA